GUAACCAACUGCCUGGCGGUGCUUUGAAAGCGUACGGGAGAAGACAAACGAAGCCAUGGAAACGACACCGAAGCCGAGUGGGGACAUCGAAAAGAGCGUUCCAAUGCGUGAACGACGAAGCACCGCUGUCAAGCGGCUAAAAUUCCACAGUAGCCCCGUGAGGAUUCGUUCAUGCGGGGGUGACGAAGUCACGCUGUGGGGCCUGAAAGGCUGCGGAUCACCCAACACCGUUGUCUUGACCACAUGCUCCACGCCUACCAAAAAGCCUUCACGAUUCUACGAGGACUCACCGGAACGAACCUCCCCGCAAACCACCUCUACGAACACUCGGGGCAAAAACGUCAGGAGACGAAGACUUUUGGACACGCCGCUUGAUCCAACGAGUGUGUUAUCCCCAGCAAAGAACUCCAGCAUCACCUUUCCCUGCAAGCGAUCUCUAUUCAAGAAUGGGAAACGUUCCGCAAGGUCCAGUACAGAGGGCAGCAGCAUCAGACCUCAGGUCAACUCGAAUCCUUUCAGUCCCCUCUCACUCCUCAUCCAGUCUCCUCCACCGCAGAAGAACCAGUGCAAGAGAGCGCACAUGUCUCAUGGAGAAGACAAGAAUGCAAGUAAUGCCAAAGGAGACUCUAAGAGGUCAACUGCGCUAAGAAACGAUGUGACGUCCCGGUAUACCUCAGAGUUCCUCGAACUGGAGACGAUUGGAAGCGGACAAUUCGGCGCGGUUUUCAAAUGUGUGAAAAGGCUGGAUGGCUGCAUCUAUGCUAUCAAGCGAUCAAAGAAACCACUUAUGGGAUCGGUAGAUAAACAUUGCGUCAUGCGGGAAGUGUUUGCCCACGCCGUACUGGCCCAGUAUCCCAACGUGGUGCGUUACUACUCGUCUUGGGUCGAGGACGACCACUUGCUCAUUCAGAACGAGUACUGCGACGGCGGCACGCUAGCUGACGCCAUUGAACGCAACUCGAAGCGGCUCGCCUCCAUGUCGGAAGCGGACCUCAAAGAUCUACUGCUACAAAUUGCGCGAGGCUUGGAGUGCUUCCACUCAAUGUCGCUGGUGCACAUGGACAUCAAACCGAGCAACAUCUUCAUAGCCAAGAAGCCCGGAUGCAGCUGUGAUGAGGAUGACAAGCCAACCUACAAAAUCGGUGAUCUUGGUCAUGUGACCCAGGUAAACAAUCCUCAAGUGGAAGAAGGUGACAGCAGAUAUCUAGCCAAUGAAGUUCUACAAGAGGACUACAGUAACUUGACAAAGGCCGACAUUUUUGCCCUUGCUCUUACUGUUGUUAGAGCCUCAGGGGCGGAGGCUCUGCCCUCCAACGGGCACAAGUGGCACAAAAUCCGACAGGGUGAUCUUCCCGCCAUGCCAUGUGUGCUUGAGCCAGAGUUUUUCAGUCUUCUCCAGAUGAUGAUACACCCUGACCCAACAAGACGGCCUUCGACCCAUGACAUCAUCAGAAAUUCAGUAAUCCAGACAACACACAGAUUGUAAAGAAAAAUACCAAUAAAACUCUGGUGUAAAGUA